ACCGUCAUUUCAACUAAUCCCGCGUCAACACUGGCGCCUACUCCUACUGCAGCGCUUUCAACUUCAAUUUUACUCAUCCUCCUACGUAGUUGGUCUCACUGAAACCAACAAGAACCUUCCUAAUCCUCUCUCUCUCUCUCUCUCUCUCUCUCUCAAUUCUCAUCGUCUUAUAAUCUCCUUCACUUCCUCCUCUGCCCCUUCAUUCCUUCUGCAUUAAGCAUACCCUUCCCCUUCCUCCCUUUCUUUAAUUCUCUCAAAAACCAUAAAAAAUAGUAGUGAUUAUGGACGGUGAUCACUCCGUUCCUCGUAUUCCAAACACACCAAACCCAAAAGACUUUGCCAUGGGCGGAAAAAUAAUGCUCAGUGCUAUAGUCAUCUUAUUCUUUGUCGUAGUUUUGAUGGUCGCCCUUCAUUUAUACGCCCGGUGGUACCUCCUCCGCGAACGGCGCCGCCAACUCCUCCGCAGGAGGAGCCGUUUGAACAGUCGCAGAAGAGCCCACAUCGUCUUUUACGUUGACAACAAUCCCGCUGCUCACCCGGCCCCCAAUAGCGGCCUUGAACCGUCCGUGAUUGCUUCUCUUCCGGUUUUUGUUUAUAGCCCGAAAACUCAGCCGGAGGGGAUGGACUGCGCCGUCUGCUUAUCGGAGUUUGAGGAGAAUGAAAAGGGAAGGCUGUUGCCCAAAUGCAACCAUUCUUUUCACGCUGAUUGCAUUGAUAUGUGGUUUCAUUCGCACUCCACCUGCCCAAUUUGUCGAGCUGCGGUUGAACCGGUUCCCGAACCGGUGACGAGCAAUUCCGCGGUUGAACCGGAAGGGAACAGGAUUGAACCCGGUUUGAGUUCUGGGUUGAAUGAGGAGGGAGACUGCUCUUCUACGGCGUCGCUGGGGUCGAGGAGGAAGGGGUUGGAUUUGACGGCUGUGAGAAUCGAGGUUCCGAGGAGGAGUGAGUUCGAGCCCGAGUUGCCGCUGAGUUCACCCGCGAGUCACGGUUUUAGGUCGCCCGGGACUCGGUUGUUGUCCUUGAAGAGAAUACUGAGCAUGGGCCGAAAAACACCUGGCACAGCACCUGCGACGCCGUGUGGGGCGGGAACGAGUUGCAGCUCGGGACCGACUCAGUUUGAUUUGGAGAGUGGACCGGCUGAGUUGACUCAGGGCCGGGUGCUGACCCCGAGGUGAUAGGUCUUGGUCUCAGUCCCGCAAUAGUUGAACAGUAUGGAAAAAUCGCAAACAGAUAUUUUGACUAGUGUCAGAAAUCUGGAGAUUCGCGAGCCGCCCGAUGCAGUACAAAUUCUUGAGUGGGCGUGGCGAAUAGUGAAUGGUCGUGAUAUACAGAGGCUGAUUUGCUAGCACGCAGUGGAUGACUGAAAUGGUUGACCUGUAGAUAGAUAAGGAUGGUGGGUUACUACUGCUGACCACGAGACUUCUAUUUUGUAAUCCACCGGUCCUAAAUUAUUCAUUCAAUUAUUUGAUUAAUCAUGAUUUUAGCACAUUACAUUUGGCCGAUUUUUACUUGGACACCAUGAGAUUUUUGUCUUUUGAUC